AUGGCCAACUACCUCGCCUCCAUCUUCGGCACGGAACAAGACAAGGUCAACUGCUCCUUCUACUACAAGAUCGGCGCCUGCCGGCACGGCGACCGCUGCUCCCGCAAACACGUCAAACCCUCGUACAGCCAGACGAUCCUGCUGCCGAACCUGUACCAGAACCCGGCCUACGACCCGAAGAACAAGAUGAACGCGUCCCAGCUCCAGAACCACUUUGACGCCUUCUACGAGGACUUUUGGUGCGAGAUGUGCAAGUACGGCGAGCUCGAGGAGGUCGUGGUGUGCGACAACAACAACGACCACCUCAUCGGCAACGUGUACGCGCGGUUCAAGUACGAGGACUCGGCGCAGGCGGCGUGCGACGCGUUGAAUUCCCGCUGGUACGCGGCGCGGCCGAUCUACUGCGAGUUGAGUCCCGUGACGGAUUUCCGUGAGGCGUGCUGUCGGCUGAACAGUGGCGAGGGGUGCGUGAGGGGCGGGUUCUGCAACUUCAUCCACAGAAAGGAGCCAUCCCCGGAAUUGGAGCGCGAGCUGGAACUGAGUACCAAGAAGUGGCUCAAGGAGCGGGGGAGGGAUGAGAGGAGCAUGUCGAGGAGUCCGAGCCCGGAGCCGACGAGGAAGAGAUACUAG